AUGUCUUCAGAGACGACGAAUUCUCCAGGAUGGCACUCUAUACGACCUUGGAUACCACCUUUGACGCUCUCAGUGCGUGAGAUUACCUCCUACACGGAUCCGCUGCUGGCUUGCCUUGGUAUCGAAGCACAAGAAUCGGAUGAAUGCAGCCGUCCAUCGUUUCUGCCGCACUUGGCUGGAGGUCUCUCCGUCGAAGUCGACCGGUCUGCAUGGCGAAGGGUGUUCAUUCGAAUCGACGACAAGGCCGACGAGGCAGUUAUCAUCAUCUACGGCCUGAUGCCAGGCAGGCAGUAUGAUGUCGACCUUGAACUGGUCCAAGGUGGCCACAAAAACAAUAUCCGUCGACAAGUCGUAACCGAAGUCGGAGGCCUUGAAGGAGCCGCUGAGAAUCCUGACUCAUCGACCAUGGACUCUUCAGUGAGCGCUCCAGAGCCGGCGUUUUCCUCCCCGUCCACCUCCCCUUCUCCAAGUACACCAUCGUCCAAUCAGCACCCAUCUCCAGGAUUCACUCCCUUAACACUGGAGGACAGGUUGAACCAGCUCCAACAUACCUUGAAUAUCAUGGCCACCGAACGAGAAACUCUUUCAGCUACCCUCAAGUCAGCCCGUCGUGACGCUCAAAAGGCGGAUGCAAAUGUACGGUCGGAGAUUGAAGCCUUGAAGCGCUCUUCGGAGAAAACAGCAGCAGCCGAGCAUCGUGCAAGACAAAAGGUACUUGCCCUGCAGGAGACUGUCAAGCGCGCGCAGCUCUCUACGAAGGAGAUGGAGGCGCAAGUUAAAGAGGAGGAGGAGGCGCUCCCUGAUCUACAAGCGCAGAGGGAUUUGAAGGAGGGAGAGUAUCUGAAGAUCAAAGGAGAGGCGGACCGUGCGAGAAAAGUAAGGGAAUCCGAGGCAGAGAAGGAGCGGAAACGUGUCGAGCUAAUGAACACAGAGCUCAACAGCCUGAAUAAUAAACUGGAAAGGCUCCAGGCGAAGAAGGAGAAGCUGGAAAAGAGCACUAUACCCGACUUGGAGGAACAGCUAAAGGUUAUCGAACUCGAGAUCGAAACCGCCGAGUUGGAUCCUUUUGGAUUCUCGUUCACUCCUGAUGGUCAGGAACUGGACGAUGAUCCCAUCCUUCUCCGUUCUCAUCAGAAUAGCUCGUUCCCGCGACCUUCGCCUGCACCAAUACAGCGACCCCAAGGUUCUUGGAGUAGUCCACCUCGACAAGCUCAGCGCUCGUCUUCUCUGCAUCAUCAAAAAACGCCAGUAUCUUCUCUGAAAGCCACACACCAUUCGAACUCCAGUUCUUCGUCAUCUUCUCCAUUGCCUGCGGCUACAUCAACACUUUCAAGUCGCGCGCCACCGUUUGAACCUGGGAAGCCAUUGAGAGCGGCCAUAGUAAGUUGA